GAGCUAGUGGACUAUUGAUGCUGCGCGAGACUGGCGAAAGAAGACUGAACACGAAACAGUUUAAGUCGGGGAGAAAAGUUGUUUUUUUUACUUACACAUAUUACUAAAUUGUGACUUAAAGGCAGAAGAAUGGAUCUGAGCACCAACUGCCUCUAUUUAAUCUAUGGAAUUCUUCUCGCAGGCUCAGCCUGUGGACUACAGAUCACAUCCACUGGUCCUACAUCCAUUGAGAAAGCCAGCGGAGAGUCUGUGAAGCUGGACUGUCAGUUUACUCUUGCUACUGAUGAUUCUGGGCCUCUGGACAUUGAGUGGAGCCUGCAGCCCUCCGACAACCAGAAAGAAGAGAAAGUGGUGAUUGUGUACUCUGGUGACAGGGCCUUUGAACACUAUUAUGAACCUCUUAAAGGGAGAGUCCACUUCAACUCCCCUGAUCCUAAAAACGGUGAUGCCUCCAUGAACAUCAUGGGCCUGAAAGCCACAGAUACGGGCACAUAUCAGUGCAAGGUGAAGAAGGUUCCUGGCAUAAGCAGCAGGAAGUUCCUACUAACUGUCAUGGUGCGUCCUUCUAAACCCAGAUGUUAUGCAGAGGGUCAAACUCAGGUGGGGAAAGACAUGAUGUUGAGGUGUAGCUCUGUGGAGGGCACACAGCCGUUGCAGUACUUCUGGGAGAGAACCACAGGCAAUAAACUAAUGCCACCACUGGCAGUCCUCGAUCCAGUCGGGGGCACCAUGAGUCUGAGGAAUGCCACUGAGGCAGCUUCAGGAACGUACCGAUGCCUUGCAAAAAAUCGUGUUGGAACGGAGGAGUGUAUGGUGGAGGUCAAUGUCAUACAACCCCCUAACACAGCCGGUGUCAUCGCAGCUGCAGUAAUCUGUGUUCUGCUGCUUCUCAUUCUUCUCGCCCUCAUCGUCUUUUGCUGCUGCCGUGCCCGCCAAAAGAAGAAGUACGAGAAGGAGAUCGCCUAUGAGAUCAGAGAGGAUGUCCCCCCUCCAAAGAGUCGUGUUUCUACCGCGCGCAGUUUCACCAGUGUGGGCAGCCAGCGCUCCUCUCUGGGCUCCAUGUCUCCUUCCAACCUGCAUGAGUACACCAAGCCUUCGUACGACAAAAUACCCUCUGAAGAGUACGAGAGGCCCCCUAGCCAUGCCCCUAUUCCCCCACCCAGCAGAAUGGCCGGUCCCAACCUCAGCCGCAUGGGGGCCAUUCCCGUCAUGAUCCCUGCCCAGAACAGGGAUGGGUCUAUUGUGUAAAGUUGAUCUGGGAUCAGUCUCUGCACAUUUUGACUGUCACUAUUCUAUCCAUUGUUCUACCGGAAUUUGUGAAGGAGCAAAUGAAGGUCUCUGCAGAGAGAUCAAAGUGAGCUGAAAUCCGAUUAAAUCAAAUUUGACUUCCAGAACUUUAACAAACAUUCACAAAAAACUUUAUUCAACGGGAUGCGGAAAGGUGAUUGGUAUGCCUGCUCCUGUUUUGUAAAUAAUGCAGUGCAUGAUGUUUUUUUUUUUCUUUUUAAUUAGAAGGCCCUGUCUGAUGUAAGGCACUUGAAUUGUGUGCCUAUUAAGUGUUCUCCAGAGAUAAAAUGAACCCAAAAUCAAACUAAAUUAAAUGUAUGUGGUACAACUCCAUUUUUUUUUAUCAGUUUGAAAAAUUUUAAGGCAACUUAAACCAUUUAUCUAUGACAAUUAUUUCAUCUUUAUGCUCCAAAAAGACUGGCAAAGAUUUACUCUAUGGGAAGUAUGUGGGUUGGCUUUUUUUUCUGGAUGAGAUUGUUUUAAAAAAAAGAUUAAAGCGUUUGUUUGGAUUGAAGAUUAUUUACAUGCGAUUUGUAUAUAACAAUAUGAAAUAGAUUUAUCUGAAAAUGAGCUAAUACUGUGACUCCUAACCUCCUUGGCUUUUUUAAUGAACCAUUUGGCAGUUUUAAACCCCAAUCGGUACAUGUCAGAGGGAUUAGUAUACAAACCUCUGAUUGGCUUGUGACCCACAAACCUCCACCUCCCCCUACAUUGCAGCGUAGUGUUAGUCGUCAAAGUAAGAUUAAAGGGUUUAUUUGAAAAGAUGCUUAUGCUGGGUGGUAAAAUACGGUUCAUUGAGCAAUCAGACUUGGGUAAGCAGCCACCACCACUUCUCUGCUCCAGCUAGGCCAGAAAAGCUGAUCACAGAUGUCUUUGAUUAAAGAGCUGCAUAAUGCUCAAACUUUAACAAGCUAUAUUAAUCCUAAACCUGCAUUUGGCUUGGCCGUCAACACACCCCGCUUUAAAGCUAAUUGUCAUUUUGACGUGUUGUGCAGUUUUAUCAGAUGAAGGACAUCUUAUUGAAGGGUUUGUUUUACAUCACAUAUUCAGUUUAAAUCAAUUGAAUAAUGUCCAUUUAAACAGAUGAUCAUCCAUAGAUUUAUAAUAGAUUCUUUUUUUAUAUUAAUAGUGCAUUGAUUAGGAUUUAGUAUGAAUAUGAUUUCUUAACAUCGCAUCUACCAUAAUCUUUACCUGUCAUGAAGAAACAUUACAGUCCUCACGGUGUGGAUUACUUUAUAUUUUAUCCCGCAGGGUCAUCCUAAUGUUCACUCUGUGCCUUUUUUAACUUUGGGUUUAAUGAACUAGUGUAUCACACAAUGAGUAGGUCCACAUCAGCAGUAGAAGGUAAAUAAUACAUGAACAAUUACAAAACUAUCUUCAGUUGAAGUACAAAUUGAUUUGUGGUGAGUGGCAAUGCACAAUCUAACGCUAUAUGAUUUGUUGCCAGUCUCUGUGCAACAAAUAUUACUCGAUAUAUUGAUAUAUGUAUACUGAACUUUUUCUCUGAAAUGCUGGUUUUGGUCUCAUGGGAGAGUAUUGUGUAUGCUGACAACUAUACACUUGUCUGUGUCUGUCUGUUGUAUACAGAAGCAGCCUUUUCACAAUCUGCUUGUCUUUUAGCCAGGGUUGAAUGUGUAAAUAUAUUUACUGUAAAUGUUGGGUGCGAUUGAUUGCGUUUGUCUUUAAGUCUGUACUAUGUUACCGCUUGGGUAUAGGCUGCAAGUGUGAUGAAGGACAUGAGGGUGAUCAGGCUAAUCAUCCACCAUCUGGAUAAGGUAUUAUUAACAUUUAUUAUACACAUUUUGUCAUUAUCUGAAAACACACACACUCGUGAUUUCCCUGGGCUUUUAUUUAUUAAGCCUCUAAGAAUUGGGUUGCUGUUACAGGAUCAGUUUAGCUUGUGUAAACGUAGAGACUAAUGCCAGUGUAAACACAGAAAUCUGAUCCUUCAUCAGUAAACCUUUACCUGCUAGCUCUGCAAAUCAGAUUCUUGGUACCGAAGGAUCUGUUUGGAUGGGGCCCGUUUGAUAUUUCAUAAAAGUAGAGGUUAGGCCGGUUCUCUGUACAGUGCCAUUUGAAGAGAUAGGAAACUCUCCUUACUAAUAAGAGACAACCAAUGAUAUUAACUGUAGAUUUUGUUUUUCUUUUAAAAUACUGUGUACUAAUAUUACAAAACUUUUUAUUCUCUUCCUCUUUGUUUGGGUUGCACAUCAUGUAAAAACCUCAUUUGAUUUUUUUUUGUGCUUUUUGUGAUGUUUUUUUUU